CCCCGAGCCGGAAUGCGACUACUACCACCAGCUCUCGCUGUUGGUUGUUCCGCUGCAGAGAUUCCGCGACUCCAUCUCCAUAUCCCACCAGCCAAAACCAGACCGCCGCACGCCCGCACGCCCGCACGCCUCCCCUGACCGCCGGAAUCCGCCCGGAUCCGCUGCCUCACCUGCUGGCGCUGCGGCCCCACACUUCUAUGCAGUGGGUGGAGGCGGCGGUGAUGCGUGAUUGGUCGCGGCGGCGUUAGGUGCUCUUCUCCGGCCGCGGCGAGCUAGGCCAUGGGGUGCAUCCAGUCCACGCCGAAGCGGAGGCAGCACCCUGCUGGCUACGAGGACCCCGUACAACUCGCCUCCCAGACCGCCUUCAGCGUCAGCGAAGUCGAGGCGUUGUUUGAGCUGUUCAAGAGCAUUAGUGGAUCAGUGAUCGAUGAUGGUUUGAUCAAUAAGGAAGAGUUCCAGCUUGCAUUGUUCAAAAACACAAGGAAGGAAAAUCUUUUCGCUAAUCGGAUAUUCGACCUUUUCGAUGUCAAGAAAAGGGGCGUCAUCGAUUUUGGCGACUUUGUUCGAGCUUUAAAUGUAUUCCAUCCAAAUUUUCCAGUGGAAGAGAAAAUUGAUUUUUCCUUCAAGCUAUAUGAUAUGGAUGGUACAGGCUUUAUAGAACGGAAGGAGGUAAAGCAGAUGUUGAUUGCUCUUCUAGGCGAAUCGGAGAUGAGAUUAUCUGACGAGAUUGUUGAGACAAUCCUGGACAAGACCUUUUCAGAUGCUGAUACGAAUCAGGAUGGUAAAAUAGAUAGAACAGAAUGGGAGAAUUUUGUGUCCAGGAAUCCUUCCUUGUUGAAGAUAAUGACUCUUUCGUACCUCAAGGACAUAACAACAACAUUUCCCAGCUUUGUGUUUCAUUCAGAGGUUGAUGAUAUCAUUACAUGACGGUGAUCCUCACAAAGAUGUACAGUUAACAGAAAGAAGGAACCUAUCAUCAGAAUAUAUGCAACGAUGCAACAUGCUUGAUGCUAGCUAAUGUUGCUCGAGAGUCGAGAAAUAGUUUUUCUUUCUUUCUGGGUGGUGUUCAUUACACCGAGAGUUAGUCUUGUUAAAUAUUCAUGUAUGUUUGUGAGCUGCAGUUUGCAAGUACUUGGCACAACUUAUUAUUUGUCGUGAGAAUAUGGCUGCUAAA